AUGUCUUGGGAUUUGUUAAAGCGAUUUAUCGAGUCCGAUGUUUUCAAUCAGAAUCCAUUCCUCUCUGUAGCCUAUCUUUCACGGUAUGCAGACCAUGUCGGGAUACACUAUGUUCUUUGCUCGAAGUUGCGACAAUUUAGUUAUGAGGAGAUUGAGUUCUUCCUCCCGCAGCUAUGCCACCUAAUUAUUAGUGUCAAUAAUGAGUCUGUGGCUCUGGAGGAAUUCAUUCUGGAUUUGUGCGAGGAAUCGGUCAAUGCUGCAUUAUUGACAUUCUGGUUGUUCCAAACGUAUCUCCACGAUCUUUCUGCGAAUCCUCAAUCCGAAGCUUUCAAAACAUGCAGACGAAUAUAUAAUAAGGUCCAGCAUAUCGUGUUUGGGGUAUCGGAGACUCCAACGAAGAAGAUCAGUGAGAAUGUCUUACCUGUUACCGUUCUAGCGAGUUUCGUCCUAGCGAGUAUUGCAGUUCCUUUUCUACCAAAAUGGGCUGGACCAUUGGCUAUUUCACAGGCACGGAAACCUCAAAGUACAGGAAAUGUAGUUGCAGAUACCAGUCAGAUGCAGUCACAAAAGAUUGUUCGAAGUCAUACAACGACACCGGGAUCUACACGAACAAAGCAGAGAAGAGAAGCCGCAAGGAUUGGCAGCGCUUCAGGCAGUGGUGGUCUGAAUAGUGCUGGACCCUCUGAAGCCCCACCAGAUCUCGCUCGAUCGAACUCCUUAACAAGACCCACCUCAUCAAAAUCUAGCCGAAAGGUACCCCUCGAACAAAUACGGCCUUCGCACUUGGACCUCAAAGCAUUGGACCCUCGAAAUUCAAGCUCGGCAUCUCUUCCAGAACUAAGGAAUCCAAAUUUACCUAGUAGACCAGCAACACCCGUUACAGCUGGUCUUCCAACGAGACUGACUGAACCUAUCAACAAAAGAUACUCUCAGCAUUCACAUGGGGGAAAAAUCGUGACUCCAGCAUCAUUAACUGACAAGCAGAAAGUCAAAUUACUAAGGCAAAACUAUUUUCGUUCUGAGACUCAAUUUUUAACGGCUCUGGAGGAUAUAUCAAAUCGUCUAGUCAUCGUUCCAAAGCCAGCGCGUCUCAGUGCAUUGCGUGCUGAACUUGCACUGAUUGCUCAGGAUUUACCAGCUGAAGUUGAUAUACCAGUUAUUUGUCCCGCCACACUCGUGGAUGGAAUUCCUAGCAAGAGUAAACAUCACCGUAUUGUUCGUCUAAACCCAGCGGAAGCGACAGUACUGAAUAGCGCCGAAAAAGUACCAUACCUUUUGAUGGUAGAAGUACUUCGGGAUGACUUCUCCUUCAACCCGGAAACCCUAGACAAUGAACGUUUGUUGAGCCGAUUAGUGUCAGAGGAAGGAACCCAUAAGAGACGAAGAUUUGACCUCUCGGAAUCUGGACGAUCGUACAGCAGUCACAUCAUCAAAAGUACGGAUAAUACCCCCGAUAGUGUUUUUGAGCCAAUCAGUGGCGAUUUGGGCAGCUCACCAUUAAUCAAAGAAACAGAUCACGACGAGGAGGACGUACACACCCCAACCUACAAGGAAAAUGUCACAACCUCUCGGCCUACGCGCAAAUCAAGCGGUACAACGACUUUAUCGAGCUUAUCCGGUGUUGCAACACCUAGGACAUCCGGAACAUCAACGUCUAGAUCCAUCAGUCCCACGCCGAGAAGGAAGAUGACCAUUCCUGGAGCAGGUCGAUCGGGAGAGAAAGAUCAACCAGACUUUUCCACCUUAACAACACAUAUUAGGACUGCUACACAAAUGCUUACCCAACUCAAUUCAACGAGUGGGAAAAGACCCAAACACGAGGUUGAUGCAAUUCGUCAUAAAAUCAUCGCCAGUAUACAGAGUCUUGAAGAGCAAAAUUACGACUCAGAAGACAAUGUGCAAUCACAGACUUUUGACAUGAUCAUGGAGAAAGCGAACGCGGCCGCAGCAAAUGUUGCACCGGAAGAUAUCGAAGAAGAAUCGCCAACUGAUCCAGAUGCUGUUAUUAAUGUUGGAGCUGGAGCCGCUCGAAUGGAGAACGAUCAAAAAACUGGUGGUGUUCAAAGAAAGGGGGAUAGAGACGAUCCAAGCGCUGCAACAUUUGGAGAAGCUUGGAAUGUCAAGAAGGAACGUAUCAGAAAAUCCUCGCCAUAUGGGUGGAUGAAGAAUUGGGAUGUUUUGAGUGUCAUCGUAAAGACAGGUGCUGAUUUACGACAAGAAGCAUUUGCAUGUCAGCUCAUUCAAUGCUGUGAUAAAAUCUGGCAGGAAGCAGGAACUCCAGUUUGGGUCAAACGAAUGAGAAUUUUGGUCACUGGGGAGUCAUCUGGUCUGAUAGAGACAAUUACGAACGGUGUAUCCUUACAUUCGUUAAAGCGUAGUCUCACACUUGCCACGAUUGAAUCAGGACAAAAUCCUCGGAGGAGAAUUGCCACCUUGAAAGAUCACUUCGUGAAGACCUUUGGACCGCCCGACAGUGAUGCGUACAAAGCUGCAGAAGACGCAUUUAAAAGAUCACUCGCGGCAUACAGCAUUAUCUCUUACAUUUUACAAUUGAAAGAUCGACACAAUGGUAAUGUUCUCAUUGAUAACGAAGGGCAUAUUAUUCACAUCGACUUCGGCUUCAUGCUUUCCAACUCUCCUGGGUCGGUUGGUUUUGAAGCUGCCCCUUUCAAAUUAACACAGGAUUAUGUUGAUGUCCUAGGAGGUGUUGGAUCACCUGCAUUUGACGAUUACAAAAAGUUAUGCAAACAAGCUUUCCAAGCAUUACGUAGAUCAGCGGACCAUCUUAUUGACCUUGUCAGUAUGAUGGGACGAGAAUCAAAGAUGCCUUGUUAUUCGUAUGGAGUUGCCCAAGCAACGAAUAGUCUGAGGCAGAGGUUUCAGUUACAAAUGAGUGCCGAUGAGGCAGAGACGUUUGUGGAGACAGACCUUAUUGGAAAGUCUUUGGGGAGUUAUUAUACCCGAUUAUACGAUACUUUCCAAUAUCGUACACAGGGUAUUUAUUAG